AAUUGAGAGUUGGAUACUUUUGGCGUAGUGGGUCAUUUAGUCGGACGGGUCGGACAAGACAUACGAUUUAAUACGGUUUGUGUGACAGUGACUGUUUCAUUACAGUUCGUGUAAAACCGUGGUUUUAAUCGGACACCCUUUCAUUUUUCUCCCCGGAGGGACGAUUUUUACCGUUCAUUCUCUGGAGCAGAGGACGCCGGCUCCGGCAGCCGCAAACGGACCGCCCUCGCUCGUACGCACCACUUUGCGUCUCACAAGUUGUAUUUUAAGCAGUCGAAGCCCUCAAGACACAAAGCGGGUCGCACCUAACCGGUCGCACGGUUGAUUUUCGCGUGGAAGACUCGGAAGGAAAAACACAAAUGCUGCUUCGUAAAGUGAGCCAGUCCCCCGCACUGUGCGGCGCCAUUCUCCGGACUCCGCCGGUGCUGGCCGGGGCUCGACGUCAAGCUGGGGCUGUGGUUGCUGUCCAGAGUAAUGCUCGUCCGUACGCAAGCCAGGCUGCAGAGGCGGUGCUGGAGAAGGCAGCAGUUGGUAGUGAUGCAUCCACCUCCAAGGUGGAGAAGAAGACAAACACUCAAGAGUCCAAAUCAUUUGCCGUUAACAUGUUCAAAGGGCAGAUCACUACUACCCAGGUCUUCCCCUUCCCCUCAGUGCUGAAUGAGGAGCAGGACCAGUUCCUUAGAGAACUCGUGGGGCCAGUAGGCAAAUUCUUUGAUGAGGUAAACGACCCCGCAAAGAAUGAUGCCUUGGAGAAGGUGGAGGAUCACACCAUGGAAGGGUUGAAGGAGAUGGGGGCCUUUGGCCUGCAGGUGCCGGCUGACCUCGGGGGUCUCGGCCUCACCAAUACACAGUACGCCAGGCUGGUUGAGAUCGUCGGCAUGCACGAUUUGGGCGUUGGCAUCACACUCGGUGCUCACCAAUCCAUCGGCUUCAAGGGCAUUUUGCUGUUUGGGAACCCUGCCCAGAAGGAGAAGUACCUGCCCAAGCUUGCCACAGGGGAGAAUAUUGCGGCGUUCUGUCUCACUGAGCCAGCCAGUGGCUCGGAUGCUGCCUCUAUCAAGACCAUAGCUGUGCAGUCCCCCUGCGGACAGUACUUCACUCUCAAUGGAGGCAAGAUCUGGAUCAGCAAUGGAGGCCUUGCUGAGAUCUUCACAGUGUUUGCCAAAACCCCAAUGAAGGAUGCCAAGACGGGUGAGAUGAAAGACAAGAUCACUGCCUUCGUCGUGGAGAGGAGCUUCGGUGGAGUCACGCACGGCCCUCCAGAGAAGAAGAUGGGCAUCAAGGCGUCCAACACGGCCGAGGUGUACUUUGAGAAUGUGCGCGUGCCCGCCGACUGCGUGCUGGGCGAGGUGGGCGGCGGCUUCAAGGUGGCCAUGAACAUCCUGAACAACGGACGUUUUGGCAUGGCCGCUGCCCUGUCUGGCACUAUGAAGGGAGUUCUCACCAAAGCGGUGGACCACGCAGCCAACAGGACCCAGUUUGGAAACAAGAUCCACAAUUAUGGAGCCAUUCAGGAGAAGAUGGCCCGCAUGGCCAUGUUGCACUAUGUCACUGAGUCGAUGGCCUACAUGAUCAGCGGCAACAUGGACAGCGGAGCAUCCGAGUUUCAGAUUGAAGCCGCCAUCAGUAAGAUCUUCGCCUCCGAGGCAGCAUGGACUGUGACCGACGAGUGUAUUCAGGUCAUGGGUGGAAUGGGCUUCAUGAAGGACUCUGGAGUGGAGAGAGUGAUGCGGGAUCUGAGAAUUUUCCGGAUCUUCGAGGGCACCAAUGACAUCCUCAGGCUCUUUGUGGCUCUCAACGGCUUCCAGAAUGCUGGGAACCAGCUGAAAGGCUUGCAGAAGGCCCUGAAGAAUCCCCUGGGCAAUGCCGGGUUGCUGGCUGGAGAGAUCACCAAAAGAGCCAAGAGAAAGGCAGGUUUGGGCACAGGUCUGACCCUUCAGGGUACCGUUCACCCAGAGCUGGCACAAAGCGGUGAACUGGCGGUCAAAGCCAUUGAGCAGUUUGGAGCCGUCAUCGAGGAGCUGUUGCUCAAACAUGGCAAAAAGAUCAUUGAUGAACAGUUUGUCCUGAAGAGAGUUGCCGAUUGUGCAAUUGAUCUGUACGCCAUGGUGGUCGUCCUGUCCAGGGCUUCCCGUUCUCUGAGUCAGGGCCACCCCUCGGCUCAACAUGAGAAGAUGCUGUGUGAGACUUGGUGUGUGGAGGCCCAUGACAGGAUCAUGCAGGACAUCAAGACUCUGCGCUCCGGCCAGUCCAAACAGAUCUUCAAGAACUUGCGGGCCAUCUCUGCAGCUGUCGUGGAGAAUGGAGGCGUGGUCACCCCUCACCCCCUGGGUUUCUGAACGAAACAAGCCACGCUU